AGAUUUUUAUUCAGAGGAGAAAAUAAAAAGGAGACUAGGGUUUAGACUUUAGACAUGGUGGGAGCGAAGAGACAUGAGGGUAAGAGACGCCCAGCAAUGCUGCUUGAUCUAGAGAUUCUUGAUUGUCCUAUUUGCUACGAAGCAUUGACAAUUCCUAUCUUCCAGUGUGAUAAUGGACAUUUAGCUUGCUCUUCUUGCUGUCCCAAACUGAACAAUAAAUGUCCUACCUGUGAUUUACCUAUUGGCCACAGUCGUUGCAGAGCAAUGGAGAGUGUUCUUGAAUCACUCUUUGUCCCAUGCGGAUGCGCAGAGUUAGUUUGCAGCAGACAAGUAUCUUAUGGGAAAGAAUCAACCCAUGAGAAGGAAUGCAACUUCUCUCCUUGCUCCCAGGCGAACCUUGAGUUCUUUGAUGCUCCGGAAAAUUUAUGCGAGUGCCACGACGCCUCCAGCGAAACUGCCAUGCCGCAGCCUCAUCUAGAGGACGUGCAGGAGGAGCCUCUCCAUGCUGCACUACCACAGGCAGCCCCGUAUUUCUUACCGAGAGACUCGAGCCAGUUCCCAUCGCCACCGCAAGUAAUGGAUUUCCAGUCGCAGGACAUAAUUGUAACUCUUAAUACUGAGAAUGAAUGUAUGGAAAUGAAUGAGGAGUGUGACGAAGAAACUCAAGGACUAGUACGAAGUGAGACUCAAGCGAUAUCGGUCUUUGACUCUAAUCAACACUUAAAAGCUGAUGUUUGGAAAGAGUUUGUAUCAGUAGGAGUAGGGGAAGAUGGCAAAGAAAGGGGUCAUUGCAUCAAUUGUGGUAGGAAACUUAUAAUAGAAAGAAUUUAUGGAACAUCACAUUUGAGGCGCCAUUUACUAUCUUGUCCAAAGAAGCCUGAAAAUAAAAGUGGAGGCAAUGGUGAACAAGACAGACACAAACGUAAUUCUACUGACGUGAAGAGAGCCUUAGUUUCCAAAUACUCCUACGACAGAAGAGUGAGCAACAUUGUCUGGAAAAAGAGGAAACGUCGUUCGACAUCAGAGGGCAAGACAAGCUCAGCGAUGCUGCUUGGUCUGGAUAUUCUCGAUUGUCCCAUUUGCUUCGACGCAUUGACGAUUCCUAUCUUUCAGUGUGAUAAUGGGCAUUUGGCUUGUUCCUCUUGCCGUCCCAAACUGAGUAAUAAGUGCCCUACAUGUGCUUCGCCUAUUGGCCACAAUCGCUGCAGAGCAAUGGAGAGUGUUCUUGAAUCGGUCUUUGUCCCAUGCCGAAACGCCAAGUUUGGAUGCACCAAAAAGGUGUGUUAUGGGAAAGAAUCAACUCAUGAAAAGGAAUGCACUUUUUAUCAAUGCUCCUGCCCUACAUUGGACUGCAAUUACACCGGAUCAUACAAUGACAUCUACAGUCACUUUGUUGAUGACCAUCGUCACGAACCCAAAUCUGUGACCUUUUUUUGCGGUGGUUCAGUUGACGUUCAGAUGAACAUAGCUAGCGACAAGAUUCUAGUACUUCAGGAAUCUAAGAAGAGACUAUUGUUUGCGCUGCAGUGUUUCAACGAGCCGCUUGGUUUGUAUGUGACUGUUAGAUGCAUUGCACCAUCUACUCUGGAACUAGAGAAGCUUGCAUAUUGUCUCUACUACUCUAUGGAUGGACAAACUCUUACUUAUAAGUCGCCAGAAGUGAAGAGGGUUCUUGAAGUGAGCUCUGAGACCCCUCAAGACAAUUUCAUGUUUGUCCCUCACUCUUUAUUACAUGGUGAAUUUCUGGAGAUGAAGAUUUCCAUUGGACUUAAGUAUUUGAGGCUCAAAGCAGAGCUAUUGCUUGAAGAGGAAGUUAUAACUAACUUAUUCUGGAGAAAACCCAUUAAUCAUUCGUUCUAUUCAAAAAUGGAUUUGGAGUCUGUAACUCUUAAUGUUAAGAAUGAAUGUAUGGAAAUGAAUGAGGAGGAUGAUGAUGAAGAAACUCAAGGACUAGUAAGAAGUGAGACACAACCGACUCAAACAGUCUUUGAUUCUAAUCAUUGUGUAAAAGACGAUGUUUGGAAAGAGUUUGCACCGAUAGGAAAAGGAGAAGAUGGCAAAGAAAGGUGUCGUUGUAUUCAUUGUGGUAAGGAUUUGGUUACACCUGCUUUCACAUCAAAUUUGUGGCGCCAUUUACGAUCUUGCACAAAGAAGCUUGAAGCUAAAAGUGGAGGCAAUGGUUGUGAACAUGAUAGACUUAACAAGGAUCAAAACAAAUGUAAUUCUGUUGAUGUGGUGGGAGCUUCGCUUUACGAAUCCUCUAGUGAUAGAGAAGGAGUGAGUAACAACACUCUCUUGAAAAAGAGGCAACGUAGUUCGAUAUUAGAAGGCAAGACACGCUCGGGGAUGCUGCUUGGUUUGGAUGUUCUUGAUUGUCCUAUUUGCUUUGAGGCAUUGACUAUUCCUAUCUUUCAGUGUGAUAAUGGACAUUUGGCUUGCUCCUCUUGCUGUCACAAAAUGAGUAACAAGUGCCCUACAUGUGCUUCACCUGUUGGCCACAAUCGCUGCAGAGCAAUGGAGAGUGUGCUUGAAUCAGUCUUUGUUCCAUGCCGAAACGCCAAGUUUGGAUGCACUAAAAAUGUAUCUUAUGGGAAAGUAUCAACUCAUGAAAAAGAAUGCACUUUCUCUCAAUGCUCUUGCCCUGCGUUGGACUGCAACUACACUGGAUCAUACGAUAACAUCUACACUCACUUUUUCGAUGACCAUCGUCACAAAACCACAUCUAUUUCCUUUGUCUGCGGUGGUUCUGUUGAUGUUCAGAUGAACAUAUCUACCGGUAAUACUCUAGUACUUCAGGAAUCUAAGAAGAGACUAUUGUUUGCGCUGCAGUGUUUCAACGAGCCGCUUGGUUUGUAUGUGACUGUUAGAUGCAUUGCACCAUCUACUCCUGAAGUAGGGAAGCUUGCAUAUUGUCUCUACUACUCUAUGGAUGGACACACUCUUACAUACAAGUCACCAGAAGUGAAGAGGGUUCUUGAAGUGAGCUCUGAAACCCCUCAAGACAAUUUCAUGUUUGUCCCUCACUCAUUAUUACGUGGUGAAUUGCUGGAGAUGAAGAUUGCCAUUGGACUUAAGGCGAUGGUUGCAGAAGACUAUGGAAUAGAACAGAGUACAGUUGAUGUGGAGUUAAGUUACUUACCCACGGAUCUUAGCUUGGAUUGUCCUCCUGUUGUAAUGAUGAAUAACAGAAAGGUUAGUAAUUUCCUUUCGUACUGUAAAAGGAAAAAUACGAUCAAGUUAUGUGUGACGUUCAAUGGUGGAGAUAAAGAUACAGGGAGUAAAGAAAAAUUCGAUCUGAAUAAGGAACCCGACGCUGCAAGUAAUGGAGAUGAUGAUGUUAAUGUCGACGAUGGAGAUGAUGAUGUUAAUGUCGACGAUAUUUCGUCAUCAUGGGUUAUGAAAGAAACUAGAAAGAAUGACGAUUGUUUCAAAACUCCAAAAAAUGUUAUUGUUGGUCAUGGAGUUAGAUUGUCGUCAAAGUAUUCUUGUGUGAGCCAGGGUCAAUAUUUCAGAAGCAAAGAAUUGUUACAGUCAAUCAUGGAUUAGGAUAAAACACGCUCGGCAAUGCUGGAUCUUGAUUUUCUUGAUUGCCCUAUUUGCAUCGAGCCGUUCACUGUUCCUAUCUUCCAAUGUGAUAAUGGACAUUUAGCUUGCGCUUCUUGCUGUCCCGAACUGAGUAAUAAGUGCCCUACAUGUACUUUGCCUGUUGGUCACAGUCGCAACAAAGCAAUGGAGAGUGUUCUUGAAUCGAUCUUUAUCCCAUGCCCGAACGCCAAGUUAGGUUGCACCACGAAUGUCUCUUAUGGGAAACAAUCAAUACAUGAGAAGGAAUGUAGCUUCUCUCUCCUCUGCUCAUGCCCUCUACAAGACUGCAAUUACACUAGCUCAUACUCUAACAUGUACCGUCACUUUAUUGGUGGCCACCAGAACAAAUAUAUGUUGUUCUGUUGUGACACUUUCGCUAAUGUUCGGAUGAAUAUCAGCUGUAAGAUAUUGAUUAGAGUUGAAUAUGAGAUAAGCCUAGUGUUUGCAGUGCAAUGUUUUAGGGAGCCGUGUGGUGUGUAUGUAACUGUAAGCUGCAUUGCACCGUCUUCUCGAGAAGUAGGAGAAUUCUCAUACCAUCUCUCCUACACUGUGGAUGGGCACACUAUGACUUACGAAUCACCGAAAGUGAAGAAAGUUCUUAAAGUUAGCUACCAAAUACCUGAAGAGAGUUUCAUGUUGAUCCCUCACAGUUUAUUGCGUGGUGAAAUUUUGGAUAUGAAGCUUUGCAUCAAGAAAUUGAAGCAAGAGUAAGAAAAAGCUGCUUAUUUAUUCUGAAAUAACAUAGUCCUUGUUUUUGCCUAAUAAUUAACAUAGUCCUUG